GCUAAAAAGUCUGCUAAGAAGAAGCUUGAGAGGCCACAUGCCACGGAACUCUCCAAAAAUAUGGGCUUUUGCAGAACUGAUGUUCAAGAAGAUGACUUAUUUCCAGUUCUCAACUUGAGAGACAGGUGCCUAUUUAUCACAGGUUUAUAAACCAAUUAUCUUGAAAGUGAGAAACACAGAAUUUGAGACCACGUGAUACAUAAUUUUACAAAGUCUGCAAAGUCAGCAAUUCCAAUCCUACACUGCGGCUCAUUUUGACUUCACAGAACAAAAAUUUGAGGCAUUUCUUGCACAUUUAUACUCUCAAAUUUCUGCAGUGAUGCCAGCUGAUAUCAUGAUAAUAUUGUUAUCUGCUUGAAUGUCUUUGAUCUGUCAAGAAACGGUGAGAUAAAAUUGAUAUGUAUUUUUGAGUGACACCACCUUGAAAUUCCAACCUUAGCAACCUACAAACACUGAGAUGUUAGUGAGGAUUCAAGUUAUUGGGAGUCAACUGUACGUAAUUUAAUUUUGCAAUAUGCAUGGAAUAUUCUUAAGCCUUGACAAACUUAAUUGUUCACAUUCUAAUAUGAUUAUAAAUUACAAUAUCAAAUAACUGUAUUUCAUUUCAAAAUCAUUAACAAUACAAUGCCAACAACAUUUUUUUUGAACUCAUUUUAGAAUGUUAAUUCUGGUGUACCACAGACGAGAACGUCUGGAGCUGACAAUGCCCCAUACAACAAAUGUGAUUGAUUUGAAGCUGAAAAUCCAGAGUUUAACUCAGAUUUUACCACGAAACCAAAAACUAUUCUUUAGAGGCACACAGGUUAGUAUGAAGGGGGCAUUUUGAGGCAACAAUUUUGAAACAAUAACAUUAGGAUGUCAUCAUAUAUCACAUACAGUUAUGAUUCAGUUGAAUAGGGGAUCAAAAGUCAACUAGCUUAGAUUAUACCUGAACCCUCAGAUGAAAGAAAACUACUGUGUUUGGGCUGGAAUGCUUUUUCAAUAUGCAUAUUUGAUGGCUAUAGAAAGGUUCCCAGCCAUUUUUUAUUACAUUAGCCAAAGCAUUAUUAUUUUACAUAAGGUUUUUGAAGGUAGAUGACAUGUUUGUUUGUUUGUUUUUCUUUUUAACAGCUACUUGAUAAACAGAUUCUGAAAGAGUUUAAGCAAGAUGUUGUGUCACUCUCUCUUGUAGCUGGUCCAAUCAAAGGAGGAGGUCUGAUUCUUUUAUAAAUUGAUUAUUGAUACAUUUUCAGCGAUAAUAUAAGAUCCCAAUGUGCUUAUUUUAAGUUAACGUUGGCUACACUGUAAGCAGUGCGAACUAGUAUCUCCAUUUCUAUUAUUUCAGUUUACAGAUAAAAAGUGUUCAUCAAAUAAACUCUAGGCACUGUCGAGGGGUCACUGGUGUCAUUUGAAAUUUAUCUAUGUUAAUUUCCUUCAUUUCUAUAUUAAGGGAAGCACUCUACCAAACCAGUGUAAAUCAAGUGCUAAUAAUUUUUCUCAGAUCUUACACUUUACACCUAUUAAUUUUAUCCCUGUGACAUUGAAUCAGAAGUAGAUGUUUCUGAUGGAAUUUAAAUCAAAACUUGAAUGUUGUCAUUUGUCUUGAACCUCAAAUUCAAGUAAAAAUUGAAAACAUAGGCUUCAAAAUAAAAACCUUUGUUGUCUUAAAUUGACCAAAGAUCAAUUAAACUUCAUUGAUAUCCCUUAAACAAAUUUAUUUCAGACCUUGUUUAAUAGAUCCAUUGUUGAUUAAUAAAUUUAUAUUUAACAAAUAAUACACUGUUAGAAAUCAACAGGAAAAUGUUCGCUACCACCAGCUAAAGAAAUAGAGGAAUGGUUUAUAAGUUCCUACCAGAAGUCAAUAGGUAACACUGUCACCAAAGAGGCCAUAUUCAAUAGUGCCUGCGAACAUUUCAAAGGUUAUGCCAGCAAGGAGGCCUUGCAUCGUUUCAUUUUUGAAAUUCUAGGCAGAAACAUAUUCGACGUGCAUAAGGACUUCAGGGGUAUAAGAAUGAAAAAGGGAAGAAAAACCAUUCACCACCUGAGACCUAAAAUAACUACGGUGGUCCCAGGAGAGCGUGUAAAUACCACUGGUCUUGAGGGAACACCAGAAAAUGUAAAAAUUGACUCUACAGGCCUGGCACAAACACAAAAAAAAGGUGAUAAUGAAGGUGAAUCAGGCGAUGUGGACACCGGAUGCUUGGAAGGACCACAUGAAGAUAAGGACACUGCUGGCCUGGAAGGACCACCAUGUGAUGUGGAUAUCACAGGCCCUGAAGGACCACCAGGUGAUGUGGACACCACAAGCUCGGAAGGACCACCAGGUGAUGUGAAAAUCACAGGCAAGGCAGGAAUAUCAGAUGAAGUGAACAUUGAAGGGAUACCAGAUGAUGUGGACACCACAUGCACUGAAGGACCACAAGGUGAUGUGGACACCCCAGCGGUUGAAGGGACAUCACAUUACGUGGACACCACAGGCACUGAACGACCACAAGGUGAUGUGGACACCCCAGCCAUGGAAGGGACAAUAGACGAUAUGGACACCACAGGAACUGAAGGACCACAAGGUGACGGGGAUACCUCAGCCAUUGAAGGGACAUUAGACGAUGUGGCCACCACAGGCACUGAAGGACCACAAGGUGAUGUGAACACCUCAGCUGCUGAAGGGACAACAGAUGAUGUGGACACCACAGGCCUGGAAAAAACACCUUGGAAAAAAGAUGUGGACAUGACAGGCCUGGAAACAACAGCAACAAGUAAUAGUGUGGAGACAACAGGCCUGGAUGAAGGUGAUGUGGACACUACAGGCCUGGAAAGAAAACCAGGAAAUGAAGAUUUGUUCCACACAGGUUUGGAAGAACCACUACAAAAAGGUGAGACGGCAACCUUUGUUCCCCUUGACCAGGAUGGAUUGCCAGAUCUGUGGGAAAUGCCAGACUGGGAUGAUACAGGCAUAAGUACAAAACCACUAGUUUUUGAGCGAAAAUCCUUUCUUUCAAAAAGCUGGAGUAACACUAAGAUAAAAGAAAUAAAGCCAAAAGAUCUCAACUGCUCAAGCUUUGAACAACUGUUGGCAGAAAAAAUCCCUUGUCCAUCAAUGCGCAUGAAUAACAGUGAAAGAAUUCGAAUUUAUCAGGAAUCAUCUCAGUGUAGCAACAACAUUGACAAUACUUUUCGAGCAUUCCUUUGUUAUGCCUUCCCCCCGCUUGAAAUUUCUACAAAAGUGGCUAAAGAAUUCAGGGACUUAACAUACGAGUCUGACCGAUUCCCACAGUAUACAUGCAUAUGUCUGUCAAGGUUACGAAAUAAGAUCAGGGUGUCAAUCCGUUGUGAAAUUUGCAAAAUCUAUGAAGAGAGCUGUCUGCGAAGAGGACAAUUUAUCAAGUUAGGAAAAUCUACGCAAAAGGAGUUUGAUGGAAUAUCACAGGUGGUGGCUCACCACCAAUCCAGAGUCCAUCAGUCUGCUGCCAUGUACCUCUCAGGCUCAAAAGAGCUGGAUGAGGAUGUAAGUAGCAAUAGAGGUGUAGUAGGAGAUGCUAAGCCAUUGCCU